UUUUCAACUUGCAUGUGUGGUUUGAAUGUGCAAGCAUUUGUGUGUGGUGUGUUCUGGAGUUUGGGAAUGUGUUUUGUGUUAUUUUUGUUUGAGCAGGUAUUUGUGAUGAUAGAUCUUGAGAAGAUCUUUCCGACGCAACAAGAAUCGCUUCAAUCGGAGCAAGAACGCGAAAGCUAUGAAGAUUCAAAGGACAAAUGUCAAAAUUGGGGUUCCUAUAGGGAGGGAAUCUUUGUGCUUAUGGGGUUUCCUUGGUUGGGGACUCUCUUGGGACCUUCCCUCUCGUUCCUCUCUUUCUAUCCCAACCUUUUCUCUUGCUCCUCAAAAAAAUUCCUUGUGAGAUUCUUGAACUUUGAUUGAACUCUUGAGAUUGAGUUAAGUUCUCCUCCUACAGCUUACCCCCUAGUGCGUCGAAAGCCAUAGCGUCGCGAAUACUCCAUCAAUCAACAUGAUUUAAAUUGGGAACGGUAGCUGAGAUUAAGAGCUACAACAUAUCCGAGUUUCGCGACAUUCCAACAGCUAGUUUUUCAUCGACGUCGUUUCUUGUGAAGACGACUUUUCUGUCCAGAAUUUCGGAUUUAUAUUUUGAGUAAUUCUAGCUCCUAAGUUCACCUAGACUCCGUCCUUAAUCCUAACAAGUGGUAUCAGAGCAAUAUUAAAGACAUUGAGAGGAGUCUACAGAAGUUUGAAGACCCUUGUAGACCCACCAUGGCCUGUGGGUGUGCCUAAGUGGUGUUCUAAAGGUUGGAUGUGUCUUCCGCUAAGGGGAAACUCUGCCGAAAUUUCGUGGACGCCGACACUUGUGAAAAUAUCGAGGGAGCUGAGUGUGGACAGCAAAGGGGAGCUGAAAUUCGUCAUUUCUCAAGGAGAAGAUGAAUGAGAGAGGAGGAGAUGCUAAUGGAAGAGGAGCUGUAGCUGAGAAGACAAGUGAGCCGCCGCCAUCAAAAGUUGAAGCUUUGGAUGGCUCCAACUAUGAGGAAUGGAGCGGGCGGAUGAGGAGUGCCUUCAAACGCUACAAGCUCCUGAAGAUUACUGUUGGGGAAGAGAAGAUGCCGGAGGAAAGCGAAGCACGCGAACGGUGGAUUGAGAAAAGCGCGGUGCUUUUCGACCUCAUCCUUCAAUCGGUCAACAAGGAGAUGUUCGAGCACAUCAAGGAUCUUCAAGAUCAAUGGACACCUGAGUGGCUAAGGCAGCAGAUUCUGCAGGAGGACUUCCGCAGACGCCAUAUGGGAGGCGGUGCUGCCACUAAGACUGCUGAGGGGUAUGGAGCUGCAGGGCGCGGCAGAGGAAGAGGGGGUUGGAGAGGCCGAGGCCGUGGGAGGAGCUUUGGCAGAGGUAGAGGCCGAGGUGACUAUAAUGAGGGGCAUGGAAGCUCCAGUGGCAGGGGGAGUACCAGAAUGGAGGGCACCUGCUGGUACUACAAGAAGGUCGGGCAUCCUUGGUUCAAGUGCUUCAGCAGGCCGGAGGGAUGGGCACCUCCAGGCAUGAAGCCGCCCAGUGGUGAACGCGCACAAGGUGGCGCUGUGCAAGGCUCAGGUGCACAAGGUGAAGGUGCACAAGGAAAUGCCUAUCCUGGUUUGUUUCUUAUGGUUGAGGAUGUGCAUGGGCAUGAGGGUGAUGUGGGAUCUGUGGGAAAGGUUGUGAUGCACCCUCUCACACACUGGGUGAUUGAUUCAGGUUGCACCAGUCACAUGACCCCACGGUCAGAUUUGCUUGAUGAGGUAAAACCCCCUGGGAAGAUCAAGUAUGUGGCAGCAGCGUCAGGUGCUUUGCUCCCUGUCAUUGGUGUUGGAAAUGCCAAGGUUAAGGGAGCUAAUGGGGAGGUUGUGGGGCUUGGGAAUGUUCUGCUGGUUGAAGGCUUGUCUGCUAACCUUCUCUCUGUGCGACGACUGCAGAAGAGCAAGGCCGAAGUGACCUUUGGACCAACCAGCUGCCGUGCUAAGCUUGGGAAGAAGGUGCUGUGGAGUCUGGAAGAGGAGACCAGCUGCAUCAAGGACCUGUGGCAGCUGCCCAUCAUCCCAUGGAAUGGGAAGACUCCAACAGCAGCAACGGCAGCAGCGGCAAAGGCAACAGCAGGAGGAGAUGCAACUGCACCAACUGAUGGGGUCCUGGAAGCAGUCAAGAAAGUGCAGCAGCAGCAGACACAUGGUGAGGUGCUUGCUGGUGUGGAUGCGAGUGCGGCAUGGGCUAAGGCUUCAUCAAAGAGUGGAGAGGCCGAUUGGGAGACAUGGCAUGAGAGGCUGUGUCAUGUGAACUUCCCUAUGCUGCAGAAGUUGGUGAAGGAUGGGAGCCUGAAGGGCUUGGAGGUGAAAGGGGGAGUGAAGGAGAUUGGGAGCUGCCCUACAUGCUUGGAGACCAAGUUCUCCAAGUUCCCCUUCAACAGCACUACAGGACCAGCCAAGACCCCACUUGCACUUGUGCACAUGGAUGUGGUGGGGCCCACAAGAGCCCCUUCCCUCUCAGGCAGCCGCUAUUUUUUGACAAUUGUAGAUGACCACACUCGGGCAGUGUGGGGUUACCCUUUGAAGAGCAAGGGGGAGGUGGCAGCGGCUGUCCUUAAGGAGUGGAUGCCUAGAGCUCAGAGGGAAUGCGGACACAAGGUGAAGGUGAUCCGUAGUGACAAUGGUGGGGAGUUCAUUGGAGCUGAUUUUGAGGGGGAGUUGAAGAGGAAGGGGAUCCAACAUCAACUGACAGUGCCCUACAACCCGCAGCAGAAUGGCGUGGCUGAGAGGUUCAACAGGACCCUGCAGGAGGGGGCACGCACUCUCCUUGGGCGUGCAGGGCUGCCUGAUCCGUUUUGGGUGUCUGCACUGAGGCAGGUCGCCCUUGUGAAGAACAUGGUGCUGGCUACAGUUGGAGAUAAGGAGUGGAUCCCAUAUGUCAAGUGGUAUGGGAGUGCUCCAGCUGUGAACAUGCUGAGGGCAUUUGGGUGCAUGGUGGUGUUUCAUGUGCCUAAGGAGAAAAGGGGGAAGUUGGAGGCUUCUGGAAGAUGGGGUGUGCACUUGGGGAUUGCAAAGGAUCACAAGGGGUGGCUGCUAUGGGACUUGACCACCCAGAAGUUGACAGUGUCAAGGGAUGUGAAGUUUCUUGAGUCCCUGUACUACAAGGAAUGGAAGCAGCAGCAACAGAAGCUUCCAUCUACACCGCUCAUUGUGGAGGCAGAUGAGGUGCAGCAGCCUUCAAGACAGGUGGAGGUUGCAGUGUCAGAGGAGGAGAUGUCUGGGGUGACUGAGGAAGGGGGAGCAGCUGAAGUAGAGCAGCAACAGCAGCAGCAGCAGCAGCAUGAGUCUCCACCUCGAGUUCCACACCCGCCUGAGCGACCUAGGAGGGAUGUGCGCCCUCCAGUGAGGCUGACCUAUGGGGGAAGAGGCAAGCCGAAUGUGGUGCAGGCUGGGAGUGUGGUUGAGCAGAUUGAGGAAGAUGAGAUCGCUCACUGCUACUGGGCACCAAUCCCUGAGCCCAAGACUCGAGAGGAGGCUUUGAAUGGACCAAAUGGGGAGAAGUGGAAGGCGAGUGAGGAUGAGGAGUUCGGGUCCCUAAUUGAGAACGAGACAUGGGACCUGUGUGACUUGCCUCCUGGAAAGAAGGCAAUCACUUCCAAGAUGAUCUACAGGCACAAGUAUGGACCUGAAGGGGAGCUGACCCGCUACAAGUCUAGGCUUGUGGCACGGGGGUUUCAGCAGACAAAGGGGAAGGACUAUGAUGAGGUGUUUGCUCCUGUGGGGAAAGGAACAACACUGAGGGUGCUGUUGGCGAUAGCUGCACUCCUGGGAUGGAAGAUUCGGCAGAUGGAUAUUGUGACUGUCUUUCUGAAUGGGAUCAUUAUGGAGGAGGUGUACAUGAAGCAGCCAGAGGGGCUGGAUGACGGGAGCGGCAGGGUCUGCAGGCUGAAGAAGGCCAUCUAUGGCCUUAAGCAGGCGCCUCGUGCAUGGUAUCACAAGUUGGAGGAGGCGCUGUUGGCUGGGGGUUUCAAGAAGAGUGAGUGUGACCCCAGCCUGUUCCUGCUGCAGGAGAAGGAUGAAAUCCUCAUGCUCUUGGUGUACGUGGAUGAUAUCCUUCUCUUUUCUGCAUCAACUGCUUUGCUGGACAGCGCAGAGCAGAUGCUGGAGAUGCAGUUCAAGUGUUCCAAGAUGGGUGAGGUGAAGUACUACUUGGGGAUGCAUGUGGAGAGAGAUGUGGAGAAGGGUGUGCUGAGGUUGCACCAGAAGAAGUACUGUGAGGGGCUGGCUGAGAAGUAUGGGCUGCAAGAUGGGGGAAAGCCAGCAACACCACUACCUUCAGGGUUUACUGUGGGGCCAUGUGCUGAUGAGGAGGUAGUGGGUAAGAGUGACAGGAAGCUGUUUCAUUCGAUGGUUGGGUCGCUGAAUUAUGCUGCAAAUCAUACACGGCCUGACAUUGCAUUUUCUACAUCACGGUUGGCUAGUGUGGUCUCACGCCCUAGUCAUGAGCAGCUGGAAGCGGCCAAGAGGUUGGUCCGCUAUGUGAGUGCUACGGCAUCAGUGGGAUUGGAGUACAGAGGUGGUGCUGUGAGCUGGCGCAGCAAGAAGCAGAAUGAGGUGGGAUUGUCCUCAUGUGAGACUGAGUACAUGGCCUUACACCAUGGGGCCAAGGAAGUGGUAUGGCUGAGGCGUUUGUUGGAGGAGUUGGGAGUUGGUCAGGAGGAGCCGACAGUUGUGUUCUGUGACAAUGAGUCUGCUGUGAAGCUCGCCAAGAAUGCUUGUCUGCAUGGGCUGACAAAACACAUAAGGCCUAAGUGGCACUGGGUGAGGAGACUCCUUGAUAAGGAGGUGCGGCUGGAGAUAGUGAAGACCCAUCAGCAGGCAGCAGAUAUUUUCACUAAGCGUCUCGCGGAGGCGGAUCAUUGGAAGGGCAUGAAGCUUGCUGGGAUGAGUGUGCAUUGAGUAUGCAUGCUUGAGAUGUUGGUAUGGUGGAUGAUGGUUGGCAGCCAGAGGGGGAGAUUGUUGUGUGAUGUCAUCAUAUGCUAUCACAUUCUGUCUGCCUCCCAUCCCAUGUUUUCAACUUGCAUGUGUGGUUUGAAUGUGCAAGCAUUUGUGUGUGGUGUGUUCUGGAGUUUGGGAAUGUGUUUUGUGUUAUUUUUGUUUGAGCAGGUAUUUGUGAUGAUAGAUCUUGAGAAGAUCUUUCCGACGCAACAAGAAUCGCUUCAAUCGGAGCAAGAACGCGAAAGCUAUGAAGAUUCAAAGUUCAUGAGCUUGCGUUACAAUUGCGGCGGUUACAAAGUGAAGUUGUGGGGGAGGGAAUCUUUGUGCUUAUGGGGUUUCCUUGGUUGGGGACUCUCUUGGGACCUUCCCUCUCGUUCCUCUCUUUCUAUCCCAACCUUUUCUCUUGCUCCUCAAAAAAAUUCCUUGUGAGAU